UUGCCUAUAUAUACCAAACAACCCCUCUUCAGCUCAGUUCCAGAUCCCAAUCCUCAAGUCCCUAAUUACCAGAGAAGAAGGAUUUUGUCACUCUCCUUCUUCUCCAAUCUCCAUUUUUAAUCCCAUUACAACCAUAACCAUCUAACUAAACUCCCAAAUUUAGCUCUCACACUUACAUUGCCGAGUAUUUAACACAUCUGCAUUCACCGGUUUCAAACCUGCAUAGGCUAGAACAACCUUGUCGUCGUGCCAAUUGAAUUUAUCUCUCACACUCACAUGGAUCACCUGACACUAUUCUUUUCAUUUUUGGUUACUCUUUAUCUAUCAGUAUCAUCAGGGGAGGGAUCUAGAACAUUCACGGUGGUUAACAAAUGCGACUACACAGUCUGGCCAGGCAUUCUCACUAACGCCGGUGUCACGCCGCUUCCAAUCACCGGCUUCGUCUUGCAAACCGGCGAGUCCAAGCUCAUACCCGCACCCGCCAAUUGGGGAGGCCGAUUCUGGGGCCGCACACUCUGCAGUCAGGACUCCGCCGGAAAAUUCACCUGCGUCACCGGCGACUGCGGCUCCGGCAAGCUCGAAUGCGCCGGCAGCGGAGCAGCACCACCGGCCACACUUGCCGAGUUCACACUUGACGGAUCCGACGGCCUCGAUUUCUUCGACGUGAGCUUGGUCGACGGCUACAACGUGCCGAUGCUGGUUGUUCCGGAGGGUGGAUCCGGCAAUAACUGCACCGCCACGGGUUGCGUCGGGGAUUUGAACGGCGCGUGUCCUUCAGAGCUUAGGGUUACGAGCGUGGAUGGGAAACGGAAUGUUGCGUGCAAGAGCGCUUGUGAAGCGUUUGGGUCGCCGCAGUACUGUUGCAGCGGCGCGUAUGGCUCACCCAACACGUGCAAGCCUUCUACUUACUCUCAAGUGUUCAAGAGCGCGUGUCCACGCGCUUAUAGCUACGCGUAUGAUGAUAAGAGCAGUACCUUUACGUGCGCAUCUGCUACUGCUUACACCAUCACCUUUUGCCCUUCCCCAGAUGGUAACCCCAGUAAGAAAUCGGGGCAAGAGCAACAUCCAAAUUUUACCUCACCACCGCAGGUUAGCAGCGGCACAAUGGUGUACGUAGGUGCCUUAGAUCAAAGUCAAAUAUCAAGUGCAACAACAGAAUCCAAUGCUAUUGCGGGCAUUGUCAGCAUAACCAUCUCUAUUUGGCUCUUGUGUCAUCAUCACCUCUUCUAAGUUCUAAGUUCUAACUACUACUUCCAUCAGCAAUUUUCUCAAAAUUAGGCUCAUGAGUCACAUUAUUAUUUAAUUUGGUGGGAUCCUAUGUAUAUCCAUUGUCUAAGUUCACCUAUCCACCACAUGAGACAAACGUGCGAGUCAUAUCUUUUUGUCCUCAAGAAGGAAAUAGGGCCAUUAAAUUAUUUCUUUUUCCUUAUGUAUUUUUCUCAAUUAGAUCAUACUAUAAGAUUCUUUGCAUUGUAGGUGAUAGGAUCAUUUAUUUGUUCUGAAAUGUUGGAUGGACUGUAUAAUAAUACACUUCCAUUUGCCACAAAAUGCAUAUGGAUUCGUAUUUUUAGUAUUUCAUACUGUA